GAUAAAACCCUUCCACAUGCAAAAGAAAUCUCUGGUAAAAGCAGAGUCGAAACACAUAGAUCAUCCUUGUCAACCUCACACUAAACGGAUAACUUAUCGAUAGACGAAGACGAAAAUGACCCGAUCUCACGUUCUGCUUUUGGUUGUAGGUUUUGUACCCGUUGCUGCCGGUUUGUUUUGUGAUGUUUGCAAAACCAACUACGACAAAUUCAUCAAUGUUCUUACAGCCGACGAAGACAGAUGCGCGGCGUCUCGGGUGUAUAUCCAAUGUUUGGUGUCGGCGACAGGCACUGGGUGUGACACCCGGCCCGACAAACUGAAGGUGGCCAAGGAUGAAAUGGACAGAAUCCACUCCAAUGGGGCCACACCAUGCCUCCUGACAGAUAGCUGCCGAUGUGAAUUGGAAUACUACAGCUCAGACCUCAAUCGGCAGCUGGUCGCAUGCUACUCAAGUGUCCUACAGAAUGAAUGUGCCGUUAACGCCACACAGCUGGGAUGUGAUGGGGUCAAGACAAAUGAGGCCUUCAUUGAGCUGACUCGGCAGAAAUGGAUGGACGUGUGCGGAGGUCAAGAUUCCUCCAAGACGCUAACUCCGAUGAUCAUCAUCACUGCGGCAGCGUUUGCUGGGAUUCUUGGAGAACAAUAACAAGCGAUGACGUCAUGGCAGUUAAAGUGUAGCUCGUUUAUUCUUGAAAUGGAGGUGGAAUCUAUGAAAUUGCAUGAGUAUACUGACACUGUUUUAAGUAACAAUACUGAUGAUGUGGUAACAAUACUGAUGAUGUGGUAACAAUACUGAUGAUGUGGUAACAAUACUGAUGAUGUGGUAACAAUACUGAUGAUGUGGUAAUACUUUGAUGUGGUUUAACUUGAUAGUGGUAACAAUAACUGAUGAAUUGAUGAUUAAUUAUUGAAUGGAGUAUUAUGUAGUAAAGAGUGCAGAACUUCGUUCUCCCGUCAACCUGUUUAUUCUUAAACCAUAUUGUACGAUGUUUUCGUAAAACACCGAGUUCUCCAAUCGGAAGAGUCAGUGUAUCAAUAUACUAAACUGAAACAUAUCUUAAUAUCCAAGCAUAGAAAACAGAAAUCUGUCAACUGCGACAAGAAAUUAACUUCAAAUCAUCAAAACGGAAAAGAUUUAGAGCAUUGACGUGGCGUCACUUGAGGAAUGCCAAACUUAAUUAAGGAAUGUUAAUUAGUCAUAUGCUGCUUAAGGUUAAAUUAUGCAUGAAUAUUUAUUUUUUCAAAACAAUUCUCGUUGAAUAAAAUGUGUAUCUCACAUAA